AUGGCUCUUAUACCUCUCUUUGCUAUUUUAUUCUUUAUGGCCUCCCCAAGCAAUUCCUACUGGCCACCAUCACCUAGUUACAGGCCAAGUUCCAAAUUCAGGCCUGUGAACUUCUACAAAGGGUUUAGAAAUCUUUGGGGUCCUCAGCACCAAAGCAUUGACCAAAAUGCAUUAACAAUAUGGCUUGAUCGAACCUCAGGAAGUGGCUUCAAGUCAGUUCGUCCAUUUCGAUCUGGGUACUUUGGUUCUUCUAUUAAGCUCCAUCCUGGCUAUACUGCUGGAGUUAUAACAGCUUUCUAUCUUUCUAACAACGAGGCACAUCCAGGCUUCCAUGAUGAAGUGGACAUUGAGUUUCUUGGGACGACAUUCGGAAAGCCUUACACUUUACAGACCAAUGUUUAUAUAAGAGGAAGUGGGGAUGGCACAAUUAUUGGAAGAGAAAUGAAGUUCCACCUUUGGUUUGAUCCGACACAAAAUUUUCAUCACUAUGCUAUUCUUUGGAGUCCUAAGGAAAUAAUAUUCCUUGUGGAUGAUAUUCCCAUAAGGAGGUACCCAAGAAAAAGUGCUGAAACAUUUCCACUACGACCAAUGUGGCUUUAUGGUUCAAUAUGGGAUGCCUCAUCAUGGGCAACAGAAGAUGGAAAGUACAAAGCUGAUUAUAGAUACCAACCUUUUGUUGCAAGGUACACCAACUUCAAGGUUGGUGGUUGCUCAGCCUAUGCCUCUCGUUGGUGCCAUCCAGUCUCAGCUUCACCAUAUCGUUCUGGUGGCUUGACCAGACGCCAAUAUUGGACCAUGAGAUGGGUGCAAAAAUACCACAUGGUCUAUAACUAUUGCCAGGAUCCCAAAAGAGACCAUAGACUAACACCUGAGUGUUGGGGGUAA